AUGUUCACCAUUAAGAAGCUCGUUGCCUUCAUGGCACUCUUUGUCUUUGCUUCCGCUCAGCUUGAGAAGCUGCCUGCCUGCUCUCUGCAAUGCUUUGUUAACGUCCUGAACUUCGAUGGCUGCGGCGAUAUCCUUGACUUCUCUUGCCACUGCUCAAAGGCUGACUUGCCCGGCAAAAUUACUCCUUGUGUUGAGAAGGCCUGCCCUCUCAAGGAUCAAUUUGGUAGAUCCAUUGAUCAUGUUCUGGAACAUUCAGUUGUUGUUGAUCAGGUCCAGUCCGUUUGCGUUGGCGCCGGACAUCCUAUCACGCUGCCCACUCCCGGUGCCACUACUGCCGCUGAUGUGACUACCAACGUUGUGAAGCCUACAUCGACUGAGUCUGCCACUUCUGUCGUUACUACUAGCACCAGUGUUUUGACUUCUGGUGUUGUGACCAGCUUUUCUGAGUCCAAUUCGUUCUCGACCUCGCUGUCCGACGCUGGUGAGACCGUUACUGAGCCUUGCACUACUUCUGGCACUCUGACUGCCGGCACUCCCAUCAUCGCCACCCCCUCGGGCUCGGCUAAUGUGAGCACCCCCCUGGUUAUCACUAAGGCUACUCCGACUGUUGUCACUAUUACCCAGUGCUACGGAACCGGCACUAUCAAGACUUGCCACCCUGUUGAGUCAACUGUUGCUCCUGUCGCUCCCACUGUUGUCACUGAAACUCAGUGCUACGGAACUGGCGCCACCAAGGCUUGCCAUGUUUCUACCAUUGCUAUCACCGGCUCUGUGACUGGCACUAUCGGUGUUGUUGGUACCGAACCCGCAGUCACUCAUUCGGCUAGUGCCUCGAGUGCCCCAGGUUCUUCUACCAUCUCACCCACUUUCAACGGCGCAGGCGUUCUUGUCCAGGGCAACAUGGUUGGCAUUGUCGCUGUGUUCGCCGCUGCCGCUUACUUCUUGUAA